AUGCCGCUGCUCAUCUCCGCCCCAUCGGUCAACUCCCGCUUUGCCCAACUCGUGAUUGCUACGAUACUGCUUCUGGGAGUAUUCUGGUAUAUCACACCUUCCUUUGAAGCGGCAAGGCAUAUCAGUAUACCAGGCCUACGUCACCCCGCCGCGCCAUCGGAGCCGAAACCUCUGGCUCCAGAGCAUGAAAGCAGUACUGGAAGCAGCAAGACGCCAGCACUGAAGCCUGACCACCCGAUUGACCACAUCAUUACAACAGCCGAGAAAGAGUAUAACGAGCUCCUCCAACAGGAGACGACCACAGUAGAUGAUGCAGCCAAAGCCUACAAGGAAAGAAGAGGGCGCAACCCCCCACCCCACUUCGAUGCGUGGUUCAACUUCGCCCAAAACCACAGCACCCUCGUCAUCGAAUCCUUCUUCGACCAAAUCUACACCGACCUUGCGCCCUUCUGGGGCGUGCCCGCCAAGCAGAUCCGUGAGCAGGCGAACAGCUUCGAGCAUAGGAUCAGUGUCAGAAACGGGAAUGUCACGAAACGGACGGAUAUCGAAGUAAGGGCCUGGCUGGAUCUAUGGGCGGAUAUGGUAGGGUCGGUAGCAGAGUGGUUGCCGGAUGUGGAUUUGCCGAUCAAUGUUAUGGAUGAGUCGAGGUUGGUGGUGCCGUGGGAGGAGAUUAAUGGGUAUAUGGGUAAGGAACGGGAGAGUAGGAGCGUAUUGGAGGAUGAGGAGUUGGAGAUGGCGUAUGGGAGUACGGCUGCGUUGAAGAAGCUGGAUGCUGAGGCGAAGAAGGACGAGUUUUAUGAUCCGGGGUUUGAGGGUAUGGGUCCGUACUGGGAGUUGGCGGUCGUGGGAUGUCCACCCGACAGUCCGGCGCGGAAGGCAUAUAUCGAGACGGACUUCACUACCCCUCUCCACCUCACCGGCGGCUUCCCACAAGGCUCGUACCAAGGCUACGUCCAAAACUGGACCCUCGCCACCUCCCCAUGCGAAAACGCCCAACUCCAAGGUCUCCACGGCACAUUCGUCGAACCGAUCUCCAUCGCCACGACCAAGACAUUCUUUCCUCUGUUCGGUGGCAGUAAACUACCUAUGAACAACGAAAUUCUGCUCCCACCAGCUAUGUACUGGACAGACGACCCCUUCUACUCCGGCGGCGAAAGCCACGGAAGUGCAUGGGAAGAGAAGAGAGCCGGCCUCAUCUGGCGUGGCGCUGCGAGCGGCGGAAGGAAUAAAGAGGAGAACUGGCGGCGAUUCCAACGCCACCGCUUCGUGAGCAUGGUGAACGCUACCUCCCUUUGGCAUGCGGAGACGACUGGAGUCGGACCGCCUAACUUUGUCCUCCCAGCCUUUAAUCCGUACGAUCUCGCUUCCACGCCCUCCGAUAAUGUUGGUGGCUCUUUCGCAGACUGGGUAGGCACCUGGUCCAACGCAGCAGUCGUGCACCUCCUCUGCUUUCCCGACCCGAGCCCCCCUCACUGCUCCUACACAGACCCGUACUUCACAGUAGCGAAGGCCAUGCCCAUGUCAGAACAAUACAGCUACAAAUACCUCCCCGACAUAGACGGAAACAGCUUCUCCGGCCGCUACCGAGCGUUCUUGUUCUCGACGAGUUUGCCGAUCAAGGCGACGAUAUAUAAAGAAUGGCAUGAUUCCCGCUUAAUACCGUGGAAGCAUUUUGUGCCUAUGGAUAAUUCUUUCACGGAUAUUUAUGGGAUUAUGGAGUACUUUUUCGGGAACGGGAAGGAAGGUGUGCUGGGCCAUGAUAAGGAGGGCAAGGGAAUCGCGGAGGAAGGGAAGAAGUGGGCGGAGAAGGUUUUGCGGAAGGAGGAUAUGCAGGUGGAGAAACUGGGGUGGAGGGGCGAGGGGGUGGGUUAA